CGAGCACGAAACUGAUGCUCUUCGAUUGGCAAAUCUGUGUAGCAGCAUUGAUCGGCAAAUCUAGCAUCCAUUGAUCAACAGGAGCUGGUAGACAGAUCCAUUGGCUGAUCACUCGUUUGUCAUGGCUGCUAACGCUAAAGGCCAAGCUGAUCUGUUGGACUGCAUACAAUGGCCGUCAGUGGAGUGCCUGAAUGCAAAGCCUGGGAAGGAUGUAGAUAAUGCACUCAAGCAGGGAUACAGAGAAGAUGAUGGCUUGGUCUUGGAGAGCGAUGUCGAUGAGCAACUAUUAGUUUACAUUCCAUUCAACCAAGUUGUGAAGCUUCAUUCGAUUGUGAUCAAGGGUCCUGAAGAAGAAGGACCCAAAUGCAUCAAGCUUUUUGCUAAUAGGCCUAACAUGGGCUUCAGUAAUGUGAGCGAUAUACCACCGAGUGACACCAUCAAUCUCACAGCUGAUCAGGUUCAGGAAGAAAAGGCGACACCCCUGAAAUACGUGAAAUUCCAAAACGUCAGAAGCCUUACGAUAUUCAUUGAGAGCAACCAGUCGGGUGAUGAUGUGACUAAAGUUCAGAAGUUGGCGAUACUCGGAAGCACGGUUGAGACAACCAAUAUGAAAGACUUAAAGAAGAUUGAUGAUAAACAAGGCUGAAGUGGGCACCACGGAGUCACGGGCAGACUAGACCUUAUGCAUGUUAGCAGAUGCAGGCCUUCGAGUAUGAAAACUGAGGAAGUUGAAAUUUUUUAAAACAUCAGUGCCUGUACAUAGAAUGAGUAGCAGCGCAAGGCCUGGCUGUCUGAAGAGGUGCCUUAUGAA